AUGGAGAACAACCAUUAUGCUCUGACGGAAGGCCAGGUGCAGUCUUACCACGAGAAGGGAUACUUACUGAUCAGGAACUUCCUCAACCCUCUCGAAACGGAGCGGCUCCAGCAAUGGACGCAGGAGGUAUAUGACCUGCCCCGGACGCCUGAUGCAGCAUACAUGCCUUACGAGGAGGUAAACUCCCAGGGCAAGCGCGUUCUGUGUCGCACAGAGAACUACGUCAACAGCCAUGUAGGGUUCAACAGCUUUCUUCGUGGCGAGCGAAUCCUAAGCGUCUUGGGUCAACUGGCUUCGGAGGAGAUGCUGUUGUUCAAAGAGAAGAUCAACUACAAGCUUGCAGGCAGUGGUGGCUUCUCCCCUCACAUUGAUGCCAAUGCGUAUACCCACGUCAAGAAUAUCAAGCAUUUAACAGUACUUGCUGCAGUCGAUGACAUGAAUUCAGAGAAUGGCGGACUAGACGUGGUGGACGGUAGCCAUCUACUGCAGAUUCCUUUAGGAGAUGAUCGCUGUAUUGAAUCCACGUGGGUUGACAGCCAUAAGUGGAGUGCGUGCGAUUUGAAACCAGGCGACAUCCUGGUAUUUGGAUCUUACCUUGCACAUCGCAGCGGUGCCAAUCGGAGCUCCAAGGACCGGCGUGCGAUCUAUGCCACUUACAAUUGCAAAGCGGAAGGCGAUCUUCACGAUCAAUAUUACGAAGAUCGGCGGAAGCUCUGGCCUGCUACGCACAUGCGUAAGGAAGGAGAAUCGUACGAGGAGGGAAGAAUGCGAUACGGAUAUGGCUCUCCCAUGCUCACCAUUGAGCGUCAGCCACAGAUAGCAGUAUGA